ACAAGAUUUCACACAAUUUUCAACGAAGAUGCAGCUGAGGAGGGUCUGAACCAGGUAGCCGAUGGCCGGUAUUUAUAUAGUCAGCAAGUAGCGCCAAGCGGCGGCAAGUUCAAACCAAUUUGGCGACCUUUGGCACAAACUAACCACCAAUGGGCGCAAAGUAGCCGUCUAUUGGCGCGAAUGGCGCCAUAUGGCACCCAGUUUAUUCCACUUGGCGACACAUGCCGAGCGGACAUUAAUUCGGCGCCACAGCGAGCCACUACGCGCCAAUCACAUAAUCUUUGGCGCGACUGACACCAACUGGCGCUGGCCCAGUGGACUCCUAGCAACAUGGCUCAGACUCAGAGAUCUUCAGCUACUAGCGGAGAAAUUCAACUGAAGACAGUCGAAAUGCACACAAGUGGUGGGCCACUUCGUAUAGUAGUUGCUGGUUAUCCCACAAUUGAGGGAGAAACGAUUCUCGACAAACAACGAUUUGCACGGGAGAAGUUUGAUCAUUUACGGAAGAUGUUGAUGUUCGAACCGCGCGGCCAUUAUGACAUGUUUGGUUCGAUUUUGGUCGAACCUAACUUAGAAGGGGCAGACAUUGCGACUUUGUUUAUUCACAAUGAAGGCUACAGCCCCAUGUGCGGCCAUGGUGUAAUUGCUUUGGGUCGUUUUGCCGUGGACAACGGCUACGUAAAGCCUCAGAUACCAGAAACUGUGGUAGCAGUGCAGUGUCCGUGUGGACUGGUGAACGCAUUCGUCGAGUACGAUGGAAAGAAAACUGGGCGUGUCAGAUUCCACAGUGUGCCCGCCUUUGCAUUUGCUCUCGGUGCUAACGUGAAUGUACCAGGACACGGUGAUAUCAAAGUGGACAUUGGAUAUGGUGGCGCCUUCUACGCCUUCAUCACAGCACAAGAAUUUGGUCUUGAUGUCAGGACAAGUCGUGUCCGUGAUAUCGCUAUUCUCGCUACCUCUGUUAAGAAUGCUGUCAAGGCGCAGGUUCCACUGAGCCACCCAAUAAAUGACCUUGCGUUCCUUUAUGGAGUGAUUGUUACUGAUGGUGAUGAUGAAUGGAGUGACAAACCAACUGCCAACAUAUGCGUCUUCGCUAAUGCUCAGGCUGAUAGGUCCCCGUGUGGGUCAGGAACAACAGCUCGCGUUGCAGUACAAUAUGCAAAAGGUCAGAUUGCCCUUGGUCAAACCCGUCGCUCAGAGAGUGGCAUAAGUGGCACCAUUUUCACAGGUAAACCCAUUCAGACAACCAAGUGUGGUUCUUUAGAUGCAGUUAUUGUUGAGGUCUCAGGGAAAGCGAAUUACAUCGGAGAAGCAACUUAUACUCUAGAGGAAGACGAUCUGGUUGGAAAAGGUUUUUUGUUGAGAUAGAUCAAAAAGUGACGUAACUUAAUUGUCUUUCUUUAAAAAAAAAUUGGCUUAUUCUAAUUUAAAUGUACUUUUUACAUUAUAUUAAAAGGAACACACCCAUGGUAACCCUUACCCGGCACAUGGGGUUUUAGUAUUUUAUUUUACUAUUAAAUUAUUACGUAAGAAUAUGCAACCGUACAUUGUUAUGCACUUGAUCGAUGCAUUUGCUCAACAUUAUCAACGGUCUAUUUCAAGGAUGUGUGGUUUCAAUGACGGCGUUGUGAUGGAUUGGCUGCUUCCAGAAACCCCAAAUUUUGCACGAGAAAAAAAAUACGUGUGCACGAGAUAAUUAAUUCGUGCGCACCAUAAUAAUCAUGUCGUGCGCACCAGAUAAUAAUGUAGUGUGCGCGAGAUUUGUUGCGCGGACGAGAUGUCUUUUAAUAAACAAUUUUAUUCUUUUUAAUAAUUGUUAUGUAUUUUUUUUAUAAACAAUUAAUUUUUAACGAAUGAAGUGUGCACGAGAAAAUGUGCACCAUUAUGUCGUGCGCACUAGAUAAUAAUGUAGUGUGCACGAGAUAUCUUGUGCGCACGAGGUAAUCAAUGUUCUAAAUAUCCCAAAUAUCCCUUUAGGGCCUCCGUAAUAAAUUAUACAACUGCCAUGAUAUUGUGUACACAAACUAAUGAUGGUAUGCGUUCAUUCCCUUAAGCAAAAUGUUUCGGUAAAACUUACUCCUCUAAUAGGUUUCACUUGGUUAAAGGCAGUGUACACUAUUAGUUAUUACUCAAAAUAAUUAUUAGCAUAAAAACUUACUUGGUAACGAGUAAUUGGGAGCUGUUGCUAGUGAGAAACGACGCCUUGUGAAUUAACCUAGUUUUCGUGAAAGAAGUAAUUUUCAACGAAUCAAGCAAUAUCUGAAAGCACACAACGUCGUGUGACAAGAGG